AUGAGUCAACCUCCAGUUGGUGUCCCUCCUCCUCAAGGUUACCCUCCGGCUCCAGGAUAUCCUCAGCAAGGGUAUCUUCCGGAAGGGCAAGGUUAUCCCCCACUGCAGGGAUAUGCUCAGCAAGGAUAUCCUCCUCCUCAGCAAGGAUAUCCUCCUCCUCAGCAACAACAAGAAAACUCGCGUCCUGGUAUGAUUGAAGGAUGUCUAGCUGCUUUGUGCUGUUGCUGUGUCUUGGAGACUUGCUUCUGA